AUGGCGAUGAGGCCGCCAUCCUCCAGCUCCUUCUUCGGCGGCCUGCGGGCCCGGGAGCUCGGCGGCGGCGGAGGCCCCUCCGCCCGCGCCUCCGCGGCGCGGCUGCACUACCUCGCCGACCUCGCCUCCGACCCCGGCGGCCGCGGCUGCGGGGUCAUCUCCGUCGACCACGACGGCGACGCCGCCAUCCCUUUCGCCGUCUCCUUCUGCAAGGCGGCGCUAGUCUCCCGCCUCCUGGCCGUCGCCGACGAGGACGGGUAUGUUAGCCUCUACGACACCCGCCGGCGCCUCCCCUCCAGAUCCUCGUCCCUAGACAAGUCAGCUGAAACGAGGCUGUCCGAUUGGGUCGCCCACAACAAUGCGAUCUUCGAUGUGUGCUGGAUCAAGGAAGGAUCGCAAUUACUGACAGCGUCGGGCGACCAAACUGUAAAGAUAUGGAGCGUAGAAAAUAGGAAAUGCCUUGGCGUGCUGUCAGGGCACACCGGCAGCGUGAAGUCGCUGUCAUGUCAUUCUUCCAAUCCUGAGCUUAUUGUUUCUGGUUCAAGGGAUGGCUCGUUUGCUCUCUGGGAUCUAAGAUGUGACCCCAAAGCUCCAAAUGGUCAUGGUGAAGCAUGCCUCACGUCUUCUGCUGUUGUCAAAGAAGCGCAUAGUCCUGUGCGAAAGAGUCGGACGAGGUCUCGAGCAAAGGGAGCUUCAACCAGCAUCACAUCAGUUCUUUAUCUGAAAGAUGAUAUCUCCAUUGCCACUUCUGGUGCUGCAGACAACGUUGUAAAACUUUGGGAUACACGCAACCUUAAAGCGCCCGUUUCCAACAAAACAUCUCAAUCAACAGCACAACCUUCGGAGGGGGUGACACAUGGAAUCUCUUGCUUGUCUCAAGACUCAUAUGGUGCGUACAUAGCUGCGUCAUGCAUGGAUAACAGGAUCUAUCUGUAUAGUGCUCUCCAUAUGGACAAGGGUCCAAUAAAGUGUUACACCGGCAGCAAAAUUGAGUCUUUCUUUGUCAAGUCUGCCAUUAGUCCAGAUGGGACUCAUAUUCUAGGCGGUUCAAGUGAUGGUAACAUAUACUUGUGGCAGGUGGAUCAACCUGAACUUGGCCCUAUAGUUCUAAAAGGCCAUGAGGGUGAAGCUACUUCAGUUGACUGGUGUGCUUUAGAGGUGGGAAAGAUAGUAUCAUCAUCUGAUGACACCACGGUUCGGGUAUGGAAUACCAAGAAAAUAGACUGCACCAACAUAAGCUCCCCGACAGUUAUCCGUAAGAGGGUAACCGCCCCAAAAAUUGAGUGCCCAAGAUCGGCUAGCCAUGAGCAAGCGACUACUUCAAGAGAUGUAGCAGCCUGCAAUAGUGCAGGCGGUGAAUUGCCAACCAGUUCACAUUCCCCUCUCCGCCCUAGGGUGUUGGAGUUUGGCACACCUGAGUCUGCAAAAAAGAGAGCCUAUUCUUUGUUCCAGGAGGAGGCCUUGGAGACGAGGAAUAGCCCAGGAGGUCAAACAGACAGUCCCUCUUCAGUCCUAAAUCCACCCCCUUCGCUGAAGAGGAAAACAAUUCGGGACUAUUUUGCCAGUAGCACAUCUUGA